GGUUAAUGAUCGUUAUUUGUUUUGAUUUGUAUACUUUUUGGUUAUUUUAAAGACUUAAAUUUAGGAAUUUUAAUAAUGGAAAAAAUUCUGAAUCUUAGAAGACUUGAUGAUAUUAGACGUAAUUUAAGAUUUGCAAAUAGCGAUCGUACUAAAAGCACCGAAGAUCAGGUUCACGUUGAAAUGACAGUGUACAAGAAAUUUGAAGACCUUCACUCACGGUUGUUACUUAAAUCCAAUGCCCCAGAACUUCAUAAAGAACUCCACAAAUUUUUUUUAUUGGAUUGUUUAUCGCGUCUUCCAUCAGCAUAUGAGAGUCUAGACGCUAGUCGACCAUGGCUGUGUUACUGGAUUUUACAUCCCUUAUCUCUAAUGGGUGUUCGUGUUGACGAUGUUACAAAAUCCAUGAUCGCCCAAUUUUUGAGAAAAUGUCAAAGUCCAGAUGGUGGGUUUGGAGGUGGACCAGGACAAUAUGCACAUUUGGCACCAACUUAUGCAGCAGUUUGUGCACUAGUGAUAGUAGGAACACAUGAGGCAUACAGGAUCAUUGACAGGCAAAAACUUUAUGCAUUUUUAAUGAGUGUAAAGCAAUCAGAUGGGUCUUUUGCAAUGCACAAUGGAGGGGAGGUUGAUAUAAGAGGUGUUUACUGUGCCUUAUCUGUUGCAAGUUUAACUGGAAUUUUAACUACUGAACUUGUACGAGAUACAGCAGAAUGGAUAAUAAGUUGCCAAACCUAUGAGGGUGGUUUUUCUGGGUGUCCUGGGUUAGAAGCUCAUGGAGGGUAUGCAUUUUGUGGAUUAGCAGCUUUAGUUAUUUUAAAUAAGGGUCACUUGUGCGACAACCAAGCUUUAAUGAGGUGGAUUGUACAAAAACAAAUGAGAGUAGAAGGUGGCUUUCAAGGACGAACAAAUAAGUUAGUUGACAGUUGUUAUUCCUUUUGGCAAGGCGGAGGGUUUCCUUUGCUCUAUACCUUGUUAGCCAAAGAUGAUUUAGCUCCGCAUGAUCAUCUUUUUGAUGAAAGAGCGCUCCAAGAAUACAUAUUAAUAUGUUGCCAGCAUGCGCAAGGUGGAAUGGUAGAUAAACCAGGUAAACCUCGAGAUGUGUAUCACACUUGCUAUACAAUAAGUGGAUUAUCAGUGGCCCAGCAUUUUUUGGAAGAAAAGCAUGUUCUUGGAACAUAUAAAAACGAAUUGGCUAAGACGCACCCUUUAUAUAACAUCAGACCAGACUUAGUACGAAAGUCGUUGUUGUAUUUCCAUAGCUUGGAAAAAUUCCAGUCAUUUAGCAGUUACGGUUCAACGUGACAUCAACUAUUUGCCUCCACCUAUUUCGUUAAACAUUUUGUACUUUUCCUAAAUGGAAAUUUUACAAACUUUCGGGAAUACUUUGGUUUUGAGUUUAAAUAAAUAAACUAGAGUAUUGGA